CCCUUCAAUCCUUUGAAUUUUCAGAGUGGGACAGGACAGGGCCAGACCACUAAAUUUCACCACAUUUGACGUAAUUGUAAACCAGCACUGCGAAAUGCAAGCUGCCAUAGACAUGGGGCGGAAGUAUGCUGACAUGACAUGCAAACUGUCAAUUGAGGCCAAUAGCAUUAACAGAAUGCAAUGCGGGACCUGAAGAAUAGUGGAAAGAAACAUAUUCAGCAGGAGUUUAAAUCUGCAUACUUAUUCAUACCUUCUGAUUUGAGUACAUGCCAGAAACAUAUCAAUGAAAGUAGGUUACAAUAGUAUAUUAUGGUUGUCAAGGACACUAAAGUUAGGGUUAGUUUAAGGUGCACUAAGGACACAAAUUAAAUGUUAUACAGUGUUAUACUACAUUAGAGUUGUCAAAACCCAUGUGAAUAGAUUUACAUUAACGAUGGAAUUGAAAUAGUACUGUUAUAUGUAAUUAUAGUGACACAAUACACUCAAACUGGUAUUUCUGCUGACACAUUGAUAUGACAAUGCAUAAGAUGUACCAUGAAAGGAGGUAAUUCAUCACAGGAAGUGCUCCUACACCACGUCAAUUGCCCGAACAGGCCUCUCUAUAUAAACUGAACCUGCUAUUGCAAAGUAGAGCAGCAUAUGACAUCUGACAGAGAACACAGUUGAAAGAAUUUAAGUGAAAUAAGUGCAAGAAUGUCAUCGCCGUUUAACAUCCAGUUCCUGAUGGUGGCUUGUAUGAUGGGGCUCCUUUUGAUAUCACUUGGGGUUGAGGGGGCACCUUCAAAGAAAGUACUUCACAAGACGGCAGAAGAAUCAGAUCCAUCAUCAUACAGACUGAUCUUGGAUUCACAGUUUAAACCCUCAUCCAAUCCAAUCCGUCCAAUCAACAAUGACUCCAUUUCUCCAUGGAUUUACACGUUUAUUCAAGAUAAGGACCUGUACCCCUCUAAAAUUGCAGAGGCAAAAUGUUUGCUGACUGGAUGUUUGAAUAUAAGAAAUGAAGAAGACAAUAGCUAUGAAUCCAAACCCAUUUACAGGCAAAUUCUGAUCUUAAGGAGAGUUCGAGGAGACAAGCACAACUAUUCCUUCAAACUGGAGUACAAAACCAUUGCAGUGGGAUGUACAUGUGUCCGUCCAUAUACUGAAGAAGUUAGAACCUGAAGGAGUUUGAUAUUGUUCCUCUGUUAUAUUAGAUCUACUCACUAUUAGUUUUAUAAUUUCACUAUUUAAUGACUGUUUAAUUUAUUCAUGUCAUCAUAUAUGUGUUUGCAAAUUUAUUUAUUUUCUGAAUUAUUUGAUUGAAAUUUUUCAUAUUAUUUCAUCACUGAACAAGUUUAAACAGUAAAUUUCAAUUUGUGCCUGUGUUACUGUAGAUGUUAUAACAUUACAAGACUUGUGUUAUUUAUUCAUGUGAUCUUAUGCAUUUUUGCAAAGAUAUUUAUUUUCUGAAAUGAGAUUUUGAAAAAUAAUUUGAUUUUAACAGUAGAACCUGAUUCAUGUUCAUGAUAUCAUAUAUACGUUUGCAAAUGUAUUUAUUUUUUACAGUUUUAUAAUGAUAUUUAAUUAUAUUUUUUGCAUGAAUUAUUUGAAUAUUUAUUGAUCAAAACUUGUUUUUAUGGGUAUGA